AUGCAGGCACUCCGAAAAGAUAUCGAUAAUGGUUCGACUCGAAAGACCUUCGCAGAAACGGCUGCAUCGGAUAACAAAAUUACAUCGCAUGUCCUUAAGGCAUCUAGUCCUUCUGCACAUUUCAUAGCUGGCGCCUCUGGUGGAAUGGUCACGGCGCUCCUUACGUCGCCCUUAGACGUGCUCAGAACCCGAUUACAGUCCGACUUCUAUCGCUCGCAACUCAAGUCUGCUGCCUCAACUCCUUCCCCCCACACUCGAGUAUCUCUCCCACGAUCCUUCCUUCUCCAUUUCCGCGAAACAUUCGACAUUCUCUUCUCCAUACACCGGGUCGAAGGCUGGCGCAGCUUAUUUCGGGGUCUUGGGCCAAGCCUUACGGGCGUUGUACCCGCCACUGCCGUAAAGUUCUACGCGUAUGGGAACUGCAAGCGACUCUAUCCGGGCCUCCUUGGCUAUGACGCCGACUCCACGUCAGUACAUGCUCUUUCGGCGGCUACAGCGGGUAUCGUGACGGGGACAGCAACAAAUCCAAUAUGGCUGGUCAAAACACGACUUCAGCUUGAUAAAUCACAUUUGCAUAGCGGCGAGCAACCGCGAUACAAGAACAGCUAUGAUUGUGUAAAACAGGUCAUCCGGCAAGAAGGUGUGAGGGGACUAUAUCGGGGUCUUGCGGCUAGCUAUCUCGGCGUGAUCGAGACGACUUUGCAUCUUGCGUCAUACGAGCGGAUCAAGGUCAUGCUCGCGAACCAGACCAAGUUAAAGGACAAGGCUAAGAACAGCGAACUAGUCCAAGGGCUUGUUCUUAGUGGUGCUGCGGGCCUUUCCAAGCUGAUUGCCGUGUUAAUUGCUUACCCACACGAGGUGCUUCGGACUCGGCUACGACAAGCCCCGAUGGCGGAUGGCCACCCGAAAUAUACGGGAGUUAUGCAGUGCCUCCGGCUGAUGGUCAAAGAAGAGGGCGUCGCCGCCUUGUACGGAGGAUUAACCGCCCAUCUGAUCCGCACUGUCCCUUCGGCUGCGAUCACGCUGGGAACAUAUGAGCUGGUACUCAAGUUGCUGAAUUAG